UCUUUCUUCCACUUCCCCUCCUCCUUGUUCGGGCUGCGCUCUCGCCGGAAGCGCCCCGCAGUCUCGCGAGAGGCGGCGAGGCCGUUGAUAGUGGUGGCGCUCGCUCUCUCAGGAGAUUCGCUUCGCUCCUCUUUUCUCCUCCGCGUCUGGGCCCUGCCUGGAAGCCGCCGCCAUGUCCCGCUACCUGCGCCCCCCCAACACCUCGCUGUUCGUGCGGAAUGUGGCCGACGACACCAGGUGUGUGUCUGAAGACUUGCGUCGUGAGUUUGGUCGUUAUGGGCCGAUAGUUGAUGUGUACGUUCCACUUGAUUUCUACACUCGUCGUCCAAGAGGAUUUGCUUACGUUCAAUUUGAAGAUGUCCGUGAUGCUGAAGAUGCCCUCCAUAAUUUGGACCGGAAGUGGAUUUGUGGCCGGCAGAUAGAAAUCCAGUUUGCGCAGGGUGAUCGGAAAACUCCAAAUCAAAUGAAAGCCAAGGAAGGGAGAAACGUAUACAGUUCUUCUCGCUAUGAUGACUAUGACAGAUAUAGGCGAUCUAGAAGCCGGAGUUAUGAAAGAAGGAGGUCUAGAAGUCGUUCUUUUGAUUACAACUAUAGAAGAUCUUAUAGUCCUAGAAAUAGACCUACUGGAAGACCUCGGCGUAGCAGGAGCCGUUCGGACAAUGAUAGGUUCAAACACCGCAAUCGAUCUUUUUCAAGAUCUAAGUCCAAUUCAAGAUCACGAUCCAAGUCACAGCCCAAGAAAGAAAUGAAGGCUAAAUCACGUUCUAGGUCUGCAUCUCACACCAAAUCUAGAGGCACCUCUAAAACAGAUACUAAAACACAGUAUAAGUCCAGCUCAAGAUAUGAAAAGGAACCGAGAAAAAAAGAACCAGCUAGAUCCAAAUCUCAGUCAAGAUCACACUCUAGAUCUAGGUCAAAAUCCAGAUCACGGUCAUGGACUAGUCCCAAGUCCAGUGGCCACUAGCAGUGUAAGCAUCUUGUUUUUAGGCAUGAAUCAUUCAUUUACACACAGUUCAGUUUUCUUAAAUUAUCAGGAAUAUGAUGUUGCAACAGUGCUAAAAAGAACUUCUCUUUUUGUCAGUUUUCCCUGUAGCAGGCAGUGGUUAUAAUUAAAAUAACAGUGUUGAGAAGCCACUAAGAGAGUCCACUUCAUGAAAUGUCAUGGGCAGCUAUUGAUUUGAUUGUGGUGUCUGUGUAUAUUUUUGUAAAGAUUUGCAUUUGUUGAUGCUUAAAAUAUUGGUGAUAACUUGAUUGACCAUAAUUUGCAACAUUGUCCUAUUACAAAUUUCACACCCACAGAGAAAUUGGUACAAAUUGGUGUGGAGCAGUUAAACUAGGAGUUUAACUUGUUCUUCAGUAUUAAAAGUUUGCAAUAUGAAUGGAGAACUAGGCAGCUGUAGUGCAAUGCUGUCUGCUGUGAAAUAGACUGGCAACAUUGUUUAAAGGGAGGAAAUCUCUAUUUUUCAUGCCCACCCUACAGCAAGUAGACACAUGGUGUUGAAGUUUCUUGUUAACCCCACCAUCUGUAGAGAUGGUACUAACAUUGCAUAUAGUAUAUGGAGAGAGUCACCGUCUUGAGGAUUCAUGGGGGAAUCAUGCAGUGUCAUGAUAGUUGUCAGGAGAGGGCUUCAUUGUUUUUACCCGUCUGCUAAUAUUAGCUGUUUAACAAAAACAUAUACAUUUGAAAAUAUUAAGGUCACGUUUAAGCAAAUAACAGAGCAGCUACAAUAUUAGGUUAAUGUGUGUACAUUUUACUCAGUUUUUGUAUCUAUUCUAAAUUUUAGUGAGCAGUUAAUCAUAAAUUGCUUAGUUUCCUGCUGUUAGAUGCAAGUAGAUUGUUUCAAGUUGUGUGUGUACAGUAUAUAAGAACUAAACUUUUAUGCCAAUUACUCUUGUGGUUAGUUGGUGCAUUCAUAGAUAUCAAACUCUAGCCAUCUCUAUUUGUGAAUAACUAAAGGAUUGCUUUUACACUUCAAAAUUUAUCUAGUUUAACAAGCCUAAAUUACAUCCCUUCAUCCCCAGACUGGAUAGUGCUUUGGUUACAAGGUUUCAUUUUAAGUUACUUAAGGACAAAUCUUUCAAAUUGGGUGUGAAUUAGAACUGCUUCUCUAGCUAUUUUAUCACAAAUACAGUAUCUUAAGUAAACUAAUGUGAAAAAUAGUACAAUACCAGUAUGUAAUCUCACAAGUAUUUCUCUGGAAGGCAAGAUGUUUUUGUUAAGAAAAUGGCUUCUGGCUUUGAAUUUAAAUAGGAAAAAAACAAGCCAGUGUCAAAACACCUUAUAUUCCUUGCUGUCUAUAUAGUAGUGUAUGAAGAUGUUGGUGAAAAGUUUCCUUUUUAGAGAAUUACUUUUAGGUUUUGGUUUUAGUAAUUUCAGCAGGGCCAUUGAGGAAACAGACAGCAAUACUGGCUGUUGAAUGUGCUUAAGGGGUUGAUUCUAGAACCUUUGUAUACUUGAUAGUAUUUCUAACUUUUUUUUCUUUACUCUUUGCAGUUAAUGUUCAUGUUCUGCUAUGCAAUCAUUUAUAUGCACGUUCCUUUAAUUUUGUAGACUUUCCUGGAUGUAUAGUUUAAAAACAACAAAGUCUAUUUAAAACUAGCAGUAGCGUGCAGCUCUAGCAGAGAAAAGUUGUGGGAUUAAACUUUGUAUUUUCUUUCAUAUAGGGGCUUCUAAAAAGGUAUUUUUAUAUGUUCUUUUUAACAAAUAUUGUGUACUACCUUUAAAACAUCAAUGUUUUGAUCAAAAUAACUAAAGACCCAGCUUAUUUUCUGCUUGCUGUAAAUUUAGCAAACAUGCUGUAAUAAAAAAAAAAAAUGAAGGAAAUACUGAUCCACUGGAGUUAUUGUAGCUUUAGAAUUUGAUUCUAGAGCAGCGUUAGGAACAAGGCCAUGCAUCCUCUGUGAAGUAAGGUGCUUCUUUAAGGUUUUAGUGGUAAAGUAGAACAAGAAUCCAUUUAUUUUGUCUGUCUAGAUACCAGUGUACUUCUUUUUUUUUUUUUAAGAGGGUUAAUGGGUGAAAUAAUGUUAAGUAUAUCUUUGGCCUAAUAAUGCAAAAGAAAUGUAUCCUAAUUUCCAUGAUCAAGAUUGCUCAACAAAUAUACAGAUUUCCCCCAUUUGUCAUAUUUGAGAUAAUGCAGUAGACAAAUCAUGGGUCGUUAAGCAGAAUUUAAAGAUGCAUGAGGGAACAACAUUUCUAGAUAACAGCUAGCAGUUACUUACACUUACCAUGUCAUGCACUGUAACAAAGGCGUUAUCUGGUAGAUUAUAUAAAAAUUAAUUUUUACUGUUAGAAUUCUAUUUUUUCUUUUCUUCAACCUCUCAAAGUCUGAGAUGGCUUUUGGCAAUAGUAGAGCAUACAGUGCUUUAUUAAAUGAUUGUAACUUGUGCAAAAAGGGGAAAUAAUGUCCUGAUAAAAUUUACUGUGGACUCCCAAUCUUGGAAAACAAAAGUGUAGCGACUUAAAUGAAUUUUAAGCAUGUAGAUAAGAUUGGGGCCUAUACUUAUAAUGAAUUUUUAUCGGAUAUUAACAGCAAAAGAGAAAUUGACUAUUUUGGAAAAUUGUACAGUGCUAAAAACCAAAACUCACUCAGUGGUUAUAGUGUAGUUUGUUCUAAAAAUAUAAAAUCUUUCAAAUAGAAAGUCUUUAUUUUGAAAAGCCAGCUCAAUUGAAGUCAGCUGUAACAUGACUAACUUGACUUGUGCACAUGAGCAAGCCAGAAAAGCUGAGCACAAACCCACAACGUUGCAAGAGUGAAGAUGGUACCCUAGUUCUUGCCCCAAUGGGGAGAAAAUGUUGAAAAGGCUGUUCUGUGGAGCCUUUCAGCUGGGAAGGGGAUUAUCGGGACAUGGCCAAGGAGAGAGGGAAUGUUUGUAUAUAUGUGCAAGUCAGCCCCUGCAGACGACAUCAUCCAUCCCCAAUGCACACACCUUAUUCAUGCUCUAAGAGCAAAUAAGCCCCUCUUGUGCAAGCUUGCUGCAGGAAUGCGUGAAUACUGCAGAACAAUAUAUAUAUUUUUGGAGCAGUGAGGAGGGUGGGAAUUGCGCUUUCCUGUGGUAAACUAGAAUUUGCACCUAAUGCAGAUUCUGUAGAAGUGAAAUAUAAUGUUUGUUUGUUUUUUUGUUUUUUUUUAAAGGGGGAGGGAGCUGCAAUCCAUAACAAUUGUAGCAUAAAGUUUUGUUUCAGCAGUAACAGACAGCUCUAUUGGACUUUCUGUUCCAUGUAUCUAGGAUUAAAUCCAAAAGUCCACGCACCUAACUGUUAAUUUUAAUUAAAAUCUUCAACCACAAUGGAUAAAGUAGCUGUGUGUUCAGAUUAGGACUGGUAGUAAAUACAGGUGUCAUUGAAACAACAUAGAUGUUUAUCCAUUAUGUGCCUUUUAAAUACUUACACAUGUUUAAAUGUACAUUAUGAAAGCUUAUUUAGAGUCUGAAAGUUUACAUGUUUUGACACUUCUGCUCUUGAAAAGAGCCUUUUAAAAUGUUUUAAAUGAAUUUUGUAUUGCUAUAGCUUGAAACAUGUUAGAGGACAGUUGGAUGUUAUAACUAGGAUUGCAGUGUAUUACAGAACUUACAUAUUUAGUUUGUCAGGAACACUGCACAAAAUAUUUAAAAGUAUGAAGGAAUAUAAAAUUCUACAUUUUAGGAGUAUAAUUUCCCACUAAUACUCUAACAAGAUAAAUGCAAAAAAAUAGUAGUGCUCUUAAAAAGCUUCUAGACAGCUGCUAUCAGAUUUGUUUGAAGACAUUCACGUUUGAGGAUGUGUGUAGGGUGAGGGAAGACUGUAACCUGUUGUGUAUUUGGGGAAAAUGUUUUAUUUGUACACGUCACCAUCCUGUCUUAAAUUUUCUAUGUUCUGUCUGUUUAAAUAAGUCUGAAUUGAGAAUAAAAUAUACAGGAUUUUGGCUAUACCCUGAAAGCACCUUCUGAAUGACCACAGCUGUAGUCUGUUCCACUAGUGGUCAUCCUACCUUGAAAUACCUGUGAACAGACUUUCCUUGGGCCUCACUGUUUGUGGAGCCAAAGAGUAUUCAUCAAUAGCAGACCCACUGGGAAGUUAAGAUAUGGAAAGAAACUUUGAAGUUGCAGCUAUGAACAAGAGUUAAUGUUCUUUCAAAUUUCCUUUUGUCCUGUGCUUGGAAUAUAGGUUUUUUUAUUGAGUUGUUCACAUCUGGAAAACUGUAUUGGCUUUCUACUUAUCAGAUUAUAUACAGCUUUCAUGUUUUUUCCUUUCUGCACAAGUUGAUGUGAAAAAUGGCAUCUUUUCCUUGUUUUACCAUUAAUUUGUAGUCUUAUCACAGUCAGUCUAGUAUUUUUGAUAGCUUUUUUGAAUAGCUGGCAUUAAAACUUGUAGCUGACACUGAAAG